AUGGCCAUGAAACCCUUCAAUCAGCCGGACAAGUCGCGCCUGUCGCCUCUGACCAACAAGCGCCUCAAUCGCAACAUCCUGCUGACGGCAGCUCUGUUCUUCCUAACAGGCCUCUUUCUGUGGAGCCGCCGUAAACCAGCAUCGGUGCCGGAACUUGCUCCCAACAAGUUGUGGCUGGAACCCGACGAACUCAACAAGACGUACAGCUUUCCAACCACGAGCGACUUCCAGCCCGUGUCACUGAGCCCCGGCAACAGAACCACCCAGGAACUAUGCGCCAGUUUCCCCAAACACAAGCUGUCGCGGAUCCAGCCUGUUCUGAAGAUGGGAUACAGCGAAAACCGGGACAAGAUUGAGUCGCAGUUGGACAGCGUGAGCGCCUGCUUUUCCGCAGAUGACUUGUUGAUCUUUUCAGACAUGGAGGAGACUCUGCGCGGCCACAAAGUCAUCGACAUCUUGGCUCAUCUGCCGGAUACAUAUCGAAAGGGUCCGGAUACCUCCAAGUUCCAGCAGUAUCUGCUGCAAAAGGAGAUGAGUGCAAACAGGACAUUGGAAACGGAUAAAGAGGCCGCGAAAAAGAUUGAUGGCUGGGCGUUGGAUAAGUUCAAGUUCUUGCCGGGGGUCGAGCAAGCGUGGACGAUGAAGCCGAACAAGGAAUUUUACGUCUUUUACGAGACGGACACAUAUAUUAUUUGGGACAACAUGUUUCGCUUUCUCGACACACUGGAUCCCGACACGCCCUUGUACAUGGGGUCGGCGUCUCCCGGACGCCGGGACGGGAGACGCCUCCAAGGGACGUUGUUUGCCAACGGCGGCCCUGGAUACGUCCUCAGUCGGGGAGCCAUGAAGAAGCUUCUUGACCGUCGCGUCGGGCCCAACGGCGCGUACAUCGACCCGCCAUUCAGCGAGAGGUUCAGAUAUCUUGCCCACGACGGCGAAUGCUGCGGCGACAGUAUUCUCGGCUUUGCGGCUUGGGAGCUGGGCAUUGUUUUGCAGGGCUUUUAUCCGCUGUUCACGCCGUACCUGCUGACGGCUCUCCCGUUCGACGACGACCACUGGUGCCAUCCCCUGGUGACGAUGCACAAGGUCGCGACGCAAGACAUGGUCAAGCUAUGGAGGUGGGAGUUUGAGCACAGAAAACACGGGCUGGAUAUUGACAAACUGAUUCCCCGGGCACAGCAACCGCUCAUGUACUCGGACAUGUGGCACUUCUACCGCCCGGGCCAGCAGUCAACCCGCGACAAUUGGAACAAUGAAGCCCGUGGUAGUUUCAAGCCUUCCGGGGAGCACCAAGCAGACUCCUCCCAAGCUUGUCAGAAACUGUGCCGAGCUGAUGAGAAGUGUAUGCAGUGGGUUUGGAAAGGACGAGACCAAAACACCUGUCACCUCAUGCACGCCAUUCACUACGGGGGACCGCAGGAAGCGCACGAGGUUGAAGGGAAGUGGACCGAUUACAAGUCCGGUUGGGAGACGGAGAGAAUCAAUCAGUGGCGUUUGAGCAGGAAAUGCGACACGGCCAGUUGGGUUGGUCCCAGCCUGAAGCGGAUAUUUUGA